AUGAAGAUCAUUUUCUGUAUACUCGUCCUCCUCGGAUUUGCCAGUGCUCAGUUCAGUGAAAAGGCUCAAGAAGACAUCUUGAGAAUCCACAAUAACCUUAGAUCUGCUAUUGCCAAAGGAGAGUAUAGGAUUAACGGAACACUCCCGAAUGCAGCAUCCAACAUGCGUAAAAUGAAAUGGAGUUCGGCUCUUGCCACCGCUGCUCAAAACGUAGCCAACAACUGUAGAGAAGAAUCAUCUAGAACUGCAGGGGAAAAUAUCUUCCAGGAUUACUUUUCAACACCUGAAACUGUAAUUGCUAACAUAGGAGCUAAGGCGUCAGGCGCAUGGGUGCGUGACCUGGAAAAACUCGGAUGGAACUCUAACAAAAUAGAUAAAGCCACCCUUGGCUCUAAGAUCGCGGCAGCUACUCAGAUGGCAUGGGCUGAGACAGAAUUCGUUGGAUGUGGUUUUAACAACUGUGGAAAGGAUUCGUCCAAGGGGAACAAGUCCAAAAUUCUUGUGGUUUGCCAUUAUAAGGAAAUAGGAAACAUCUUGAACUCGAACAUUUAUAAAGAAGGAGACGCCUGCUCUUCCUGCCCUACUGGAUACAAAUGCGAGGGGGAUUCCGGAUUGUGUGUCGUCGGGAUUUGA